ACUUAUCUCGCCCAUUAAACAAGUAGGUUAUCCCACCAACAUGAACCCGAGAUUGGAAGGCAACAUGUCCAAAUGACUGGACCACCCGGAUCGACUCGGUCGUCUCUCGAUAAUAACAAUGUUACAAUGAGGGGUCGUGAGGGGAAGUUGUCAGCUCGGAACAACCUGGCGUUGGGGAGCAAACCACGACAUUCGUCCUCUGGUCAAGUCACUUCUGCUAGUGAAAUUAUCUCACCGUAUCUGGAUUCGACUGCGAUUUACGUUCUACUAUCAGUAUGGCCUCACCGAAUGACGAACAGCUCUUGCACGACCUCCGUCCGAGGGUCUUAACUCAACCACUUCAUAACAGCAUCCCUCCGGAGUUGGUGUCUCGGUUCGAUCCGGUCUUCGUGGAGAACUACAACAAAUACAAUGCGGGAAGGCUCCAUACCCAUGAGGUCCCUAUCGAGCACUUCCGACGCAACCCAGCUAAAUACCUCAUCAGCUAUGGUCGUGCGAGCGGUCCGGAUGUCUACCGCAUCUCCGAACAGAAAUGCCCAGUACAGGGCGGAGAGAUAACCGUACGCAUCUUUGAACCGCCAGCCGUGGUCAACGAGCAUGGUAAGGCUCAGAAGAGGGCCGCUUAUAUCAACUUCCAUGGCGGUGGAUGGGUCUUUGGAGAUCUGUCAACCGAUCAUGACUUCUGUAAAAGGAUCGUCGAUGGGUUGGACGGGCAGUUGGUAGCCUUUGAUGUCGACUAUAGACUGGCACCUGAACAUAAAUACCCCAUUCCGGUGGAUGAUUGCUGGACAGCAUUUAACUGGGUCCGCUCACAAAAAGCCGACGAGUUCAAUAUCGACCCAGAUCGCAUGGCUGUCGGCGGUAUUUCAGCGGGUGGACAUCUGGCAGCUGUGAUGGCUCAUCUCUGCCGCGACGCUGGCAUCCCGUUGCGACUUCAGGUGCUGAAUGUCCCCGUUUGCGAUCUGCAUAGCCCGUUCGCUUCCGAUGGCACAUUCGACCGCGAUGGAUGCCCCUAUGACUCGUACAGGGAGAUGGAGUUUACGGUGCCUCUGUCCGUUGCACGCAUAGCAUACUUCCACAGACAUUUCCUAGGAAAUUCAAGACCAGCAACAUCAAAAGAGGACUGGAAGAUAUCUCCCAUGCUAGCUCCCAACUUUGCUGGAUUGGCGCCUGCAUUGAUCUACACAGCUGAAAUGGAUCCUCUGCGGGAUGAAGGUGAAGCUUACGCGACGAAGUUGAAGGCUGCGGGAUGCUCGGUCGAAUUGAUGCGGAUGAAGGGGGCGCCACAUACUUUCGCUUUACUUGAUGGGAUCCUGAAGUCAGGACAGGUGUAUAACUUGAAAGUGAUUGAAGGACUGAAGGCCAGUCUUAUAGUUCAAUAG